AUGUCUGAUACCACCGGCCUCUUUACCAACACCAUCUUAGUCUCUCGAGAGGCGGGCCAAGUCCCAACGCUCCAGACCAUCGGAGCCGCGGGCCAGUCUCGCAAGAAGCGCCCCCAUAACAAGAGCCGUCGCGGAUGUAUCGCAUGCAAGCGACGAAGAGUCAAGUGUGACGAACGUAUUCCUUGCGCCAGCUGCGUUAAACGCAACAUCGACUGCCUGCCACCAUAUCGUCAACAUGUGAUUGCCCCGAGUCUGUCCAUUCCUCUAAGCGCCCACUGGGAGAUGGGCAUGAAUCAUCCAAUAAGCCUCUUGCAUCUCGAGCUAUUCCAUCACUGGGAUAAAGAAACUCGAUCGACCCUCGCGUUCCCCCAAAUAUGGCCAGUGGUCAUGCAGCAGGCAUUUCACGAGGACUUCAUCAUGUCGGCAAUAUUGUCUGUUGCCGCUAUGCAUCUCAUGUCCCUCUGUCCACAGGUCGAAAAAUACGCACAUGCAUCCAUUCAGCUAAUGGCCAAGGCGGUCCAGCUCUUUCGCAGGAAUUUAUCACGGCCCUUCACAAAAGGCAACUGCGAGGCAUUAAUGGGAACGGCUCUUCUUAUUAAUUACAUCUCGUGGUUCGACCUUGGCUUCCUAGAUGGUGAGAAUCUGAAUCUCGCCCAAGACCAGCUGUUUCUCCUCAGCCCGGGUAUCAUUCAAGUGUGGUUUCAAGCCAUUCCCAUCUUCGUCGACGAGGAAAGCAUCUUUACCCAUAUUAUCCAUCAGAAUCCAAGGCUUAGCAUAGACGAGGCCUUGGUCGAAAGAGGUGAAGAUCCGGCACGCUUUGUAGAACCCUUUAUGAGGAUAUGGGAUGAUCCACGCUAUGCGACCUACGGCGGCGCAGCGACCGAGGCGGAUGUCCUUGGGCAUACAUCCUUUGCUUGGCGUCUUCUUCUUGGGCUGCAGGCAGAGCUCUCAUGUCGGAGCUCCAUGCCCUGUACUUCGAACUCGACGUCGGAUGGGCAUGAUGAGAAGAACAAGCUAGGGCAUAUCAAGGACGCCGUCGUACGAAUCACGACUAACUAUAUCUCGGUCGACAAGCCAGGCUCGUCACACUCUGCUCGCUCAGCUUUCCAAAAUAUUUUACGCCGGAUAUCGCCUCUGCUAUGCUGUGCAGUUCUCAAAUUGGCAUCAGACGGAGCAGCCGGCCCUGGUCUCAUGCCAGAAGAGGCAGAUAUCGAGCAGCUCUUCUACGGAUUUCCCAUUCUCUGUUGCGGACCAUUCUCCAAGUUCAUGAUAAAUGGGGACUCGCGGGCUCUCAUCUUUUUGUUUCACUUCUAUCGCGCUGCACGUAUCCUAUUGUCGCCAAAGAGAUGCUGGUGGGCGUCUAUGAGGAGUUGUGUCAUGGAAGAGCUCUUGCUGAAGGAGCUCAAGUCCCGGCAACUGGACAUGUGUCUGCGUGACCAGUGA